UUGUGAAACCACGUUAAUAUAACCUAGCUUGUAGUAUCGAUGCAUCGAAAGUGACGUUAGAUUCUACGGUUCAACUUUGUAAUAUAUAGAUGUUGUUUUUGAAGUCGUAUUAUAGACUACUGUUCUUGAUUAUUAUGAAUAUUAUAUGAGUAGAAUGUAAAUUGUGUAAAAAAAAAAGUGACGUCUACGCGCGAAAUUACGGACCUGCGCACUAACUUCGACACUCCAGUCAGUUUGACAACAGUGUUUCCUUCAGUUGAACUUAACCUAGUGUGCAUCUUCGAAGAGGCUGUUGCUUCAAGAAAAAUUACACUUUACCGCUUCUUAACAACACUCAAACUGAACGUCCAGAAUGGCAGCCCCAGAGGCGAUACAAGUCAGCUCGCUUCCUCUACCACCAGUUCAAUAUAUUAAUUUAUACACAGACGAAAAUGUUCGUCGAGGUAGAGCACCACGACCACCUCCACCGAUACACGAUACUUAUUCUAUGUUUGGAAAUGUAUUUAACGCGGACGACACGAUCAUUAGACCCCUCGAAGCACAGGGAAUUAAAAGAUUAUACCCACAGCAUUUCGAUCGACGACGGGAGUUGAAGAAAUUGAAUCACUCCCUACUUGUUAAUUUUUUGGAUUUGAUAGAUUUGCUUGUACAAUGUCCUGAUAGUCCAAGACGUGCAGAGAAGGUGGAAGAUCUUAGUUUAUUAUUCAUUCACAUUCAUCACUUGUUAAAUGAAUUCAGACCGCAUCAAGCAAGGGAAACCCUAAGAGUGAUGAUGGAAUUACAGCGUAGACAACGUAUUGAAACAGCACUUAGGUUUCAAAAACAUUUAGAAAAAGUUCAAGAAAUUUUACAACACGCAUUGCAAAUGUUACCAGACACUUCAGAACUUGAUUCCAAGUUAGCAAUAAAUACAGAUGCCAUGGAAUGUGUUGACAGUCUAGGUUCUGAGCAACAAACUCCUGAUCCAUGUAGUCCAAGUGACCGUAUUAUGUGCAAAGUAAUAGAUGACAUGAUCUCAACAAAUGGAUUAUUUUAA